CUGCCAUCUCUGUUGUAUUAUUUUUCAUAAUUCACUUUCUCACUUUGUAUUGAGUAUCUAAUCAAGAAAGGAAGCUUUAAUUGUGAUUGUCUCAUGGAGUUCCCUUUAAAACAUUGUAUUAUAAUUAACAGCUUGAUUAAUUUUUGUGAACAUCAGACAAAAGUAGUUCCCAUAAGAAAUGGUUAUCAGAUUAUUUCAGAUGUAGAGGGAAACUCACAUGGAAACAUUAUGAUGGUAAUGAUGUUCAGCUUGUUCAGUUUUGAUAAUUGUUUAACAGUGUAAUCCAUUAAAUUGACCGAUUUGCUCUGAUAAUUGUUCAUUGUACUUACUGAUUCAACUCAUAAUAAACCAGAGCACAAAAAAAUCUCACUCAUCCUGAGGUUCAAUGGUAACCUAUCAUUCAUUGUAUUGACCACUGUUGACAACUUUUCAACUCUACUUUUCCACUCAAUAGCAACCAACUUAUUGCUGCUGUUAACUCACAGUUAUCUCAUAAUGAACAUCAAUCCUUCAAUUUUCAAUUUAUUUAAAGACUUACAGUUGAUUAAUCAGCUGAUUGUUAUCCCAUUCACUUGGUUGUACAGUUCCAUAGACGCAUUGAACGGUCAAAUUUUUCAAUAUACUUUUUUGAUUUGUAAAGUAAAUUUAAAAUCUAUACUUUAAUUUGUUUACUGUGAUCAGAUUAAAUAAUUUGUGUUCAUGUGUUAAUCUUCAAAUUAAAGACAUUUAGUGAAAAUGUGAUAAAGUGAAUUUAAAAUUGGCUCUCUUACGCAAAGACAAAUCAAAAACUGUUAGAGAAAAGGCCGCGUAAUUUACUCUUUCUUUUGGCUUUGUUUGUCUGUUGGUGUUUCUUCAUUUCAUUUCAAUUGUUUACAAUUGUGUUUAUAAUUAGCAAAUGCAGGAUUCACAGAAUCAACCAUUGCGACCAUUAAAUACUAACCAUAUUGGUAAUACCAAGGAUAAAUUGUUUGACCUUACAGCUCCUGGAUCUAAAGCUUUAAAAGCAGCGUCUGAACAUCGUGCAAAGAUUGUUACUUUUUAUAUCAAUGGAGAACCCUUUAGAGCCGGUAUCCGAGUUUCAAUAGUUCCUGGUAAAGAUUUUCACAGUUUAACAUCUCUCUAUGACUACCUCAAUGGAAAAAGCCAGGUUACCUUUGGUGUUCGCUAUAUUUUCACGACAACCGGUAAACGGGUUACCUCUAUUGAUGACUUGGAAUCUGGUUCAUCGUAUGUUAUCUCUAAUAACAAUAGAUUUCAAGUUAUGCCUUAUGGUAAAACAGAUAAACCUAAAGGAGGUGAUACUGGUUAUGGUGGACAAAACAAUGGCCUUGCUCCGAUAGAGGGUAAAAGUGUUUCAUCGACGCUUCCCUUUGCGACUUUACCCGCUGUUUUGGGUCAUUCACCUCGAAGUCAAUCAUUAAACUCAAAGGAGGGUAAAAUAGUGACCAUAGUUAACCGUAAAGAUCCAACAUUACGAACCCGAGUGUUUCUCAAUCUUCGUAGUCAACGAACCUUUGAACUGGUAAUCAAGGAUCUUGGGCAAGCAGUAAUGGUUAAAGAUGCCAGACGAUUGUAUACAAGUGAUGGUGAAGAGAUUCGGAGUAUCUCCCAGCUUCGACGACAGUUAAGUGAUUUUACAAUAUUUUAUAUUGAAAGUGCCAAAAAUCGAUCAAAUAUAAAGCCAUCAUUUAUUCAUAAACAACGAUCCAACUCACUGGAAUCAAUCAAUUUACAAGGUUUCAAGGAUGAUGAACCAGAAGCAAUUGAAACUCAUCGAAAUCAAGAUAUUUCCACUGAUUAUCAGUUUAAAUAUCCAGUAACCUCUCUAACAUCUUCCGAGCAAUUUAAUCCAACAGAAACUGAAACUGCUACUAAACUAUGGACUCCAAAUGAUAAUGAUUUUAAAUCAAUGGAAAAUCGAUGGUCAAACCAAGAGCCCAAACCAGAAGAGGUGACAGUCAAAACAAUUGCUACCCAAACAUCACCAAAACUACGUCAACCAAGGCUUCGUGUUAAACGUAAAUUAGGUCCAAGCAAAAUAGGCAAGCCUAUGUUAGUUGAUAAAUCAACUGAAAAUUCAGUUAAAUCUGAAACUGAAAGUGCCGUUGAGGUUGUAAAAAAACCAAAUAGCCAACCAAAUGAAUCUAAAGCGGAAAAGAGUAAAAAGCAAGACAAGUUAUUUACCAGACCAAAUAAAUCGGGUAAACAAUCAAAUCAAAAUACGACCAAAAGUGCAACCAAUGACAGCAGUAAACUGAAUCAAUUGACUCAUCACGAUACCAAGCGACAAUCAACUCGUUCAUCGGCUAAAUCAGGAAAUAGUGUUGAACCAGUUAUAUUUGUGCCUAUUAGUGUUGAUGAUCCUGCAAUUGGUGGUGAAAAGACAAAUGGGUUUGACGGCGAGAACAGAGAUGAUCUGAAAAAUAAUCAGAUUACCAAGGAGAAUGGAAAAAUGUCAAUGAUGAAGGAAAAUGCUGGAAAUGAAUCUGCAAAGGCAAAAGAUUACAAUAGUUUGAGCGACGAAGAAAGAGUUAAAUUGUUCUCAGAUUUAAUCAAAGAUAAAAUUAAAUUGAAAAUUGAGAAUCGUCGAAAGGAGAAGAAAUCAAGUGAACAUCGAUCUGGAACAUCAACAUCAUUUGAUCGUGGUUCAUUGGCGUCGUUUGGUGAUGCAGAUAGACUUUCAGUGCUUGAAAAGAUUGCUCAUGAAGAUUACAUGGAUGAUCACUUGUCAUUAGCAUCUAAAAGUCCAGCGCAACCAAUUGACCAGGAAAAUCUAUUCAAGGGAAUCAAUGUUCCAGAUAAAAAUUUUCAACUCUCUUGGAUUUAUGGCUACAAAGGAAACCACAAAUCGGAAAAUAAUUUAAUAAUUUUGGAUUCAGGUGAAUUGGUCUUUUUUGUCGCAGCCAUUGUUGUCCUAUGGAAUCCUCAGAAUCAAACUCAACGUCAUUACAAGGAACAUAUUUCUGACAUUCAAUGUAUGGCUUUGAAUGAGCAAGAUAAAUUCAUUGCAACUGCUCAUGAAAAUGUACUUAGUAAUGGUUCAUUGUUUUCGAGCUCUGAAAUACGUGUUUGGGACUCUUCAAAUUUAAUUACUUCAGCGGUUUACGACAAUCUAUCUCCAUCCACUUCUCUCAUUUCAAUUUCAUUUACAAAUCUGGGCUUCCUAUUGAUACUAUGCUAUAAAGAAAACGUCUCAUUGAUUGUCUGGGACUGGAAAAAUAAUCAAGAAAUCGCUACAAUCAAUGCUAAACUAUCCAAGGAUGUAAAGCUGAUUGGAGCCAAACCACUUCCUCAAGGUAGCAACAUUAUUACAUAUGGACAUAGACAUUUAACUUUUUGGCAAUUAGUUGGUUCCAAGUAUAACCCAAUAAAUUUAAUUAAACCAAAAUCAAAAGAGCCGAUACUUUUCACAUGCAUCGAUUUUUUAUCAAAUGGCGACUUUUUAACUGGCACAGCUGAUGGUUAUUUCACAAUUUGGUCUCAAAAUCCUGAAACUGGUCUAGUCUUCCGUGUAACCGAUUUGAAAGGACAUGAGGCUUCAAUAGAAUGUAUAAAAUAUCUUUCCAAUAACGUUUUAGUCUCGACUGAUUCAAAUGGCCAUUGCAUAUCCUGGGAUAUCGGUGACUUAGCCUUUAAACAUUUAAACACAAUCAUGGUACCACAAAAUGCUGGAGGAAUAACUUCACUUUGUUUACCGAUAAACACUGACGGCAAUCCAAAUUUCAACGUUUACAUAGGCACUCGAGGUAAUUGCAUUGCUCAUGGAUCAGUGGUGAGUGGGAAGGAGUUUGAUGUUUUGCUUGAGGGACAUUCUGGUGGGCUACGAGGCAUUACUUCACUGUCGAGAGACACAUCUUUUUUCAGCUGUGGCUUGGAUUCAAAGGUUUGUCGAUGGGGUAACAAAAAAUUGGCCUGGAAAACAUUGUUAGACGUACAGUUAUUAUCAAUUGCUGUUCAUCCAUUAUGUCAAGCACUUGCUAUUGGUGGAGUGAAUGGAGUAAUACAGAUACUUGAAGUAGAAUCCGGUAGUUUAGCAGCUCAGUUGAAUGUUUGCAAGGCUCCAAUUGUUUGUUUAGCUUAUUCACCGAAUGGAAAUUUUCUAGCUGCUGGAGCUCAUGAUGGUGUAAUGUAUCUUUUGCCCGUAUUUGAUGAUGGUUUUGUCUAUGAAAAAGUAUCCGUUCUCAAGGGACCACAUCCAAUCCUGAGUCUUCAAUGGUCAGUAGACAAUUGUUUUCUACUAACCUCAGUCAAUGACAACAACUACCAAGAACUGAUCAUAUGGGAUCUUCCCAAUUUCAGGUAUCUCACCGGCAUUUCUUCAUCUUCAGAAAAUCUUAAAUGGCACGAUGCAACCUGUUCCGGAGGUGAAGAUGUUAGAGGUAUUUGGGAUAAUCACAAUAUAGACGAUGUAAUCAAUGUUUGCUGUCAUUGCUCAAAUAAUGGUAAAUAUCUGGUAACUGGAGAUGAAGAUGGAAACAUUCGCCUAUUCUCAUAUCCAUGUUCAAAUCCAAUGUCGGCUUUUUACGCGAGGAAACAAGGCUCAAAAGGAGUAGUUGAAGCGCGUUUUAUCUCACAAGACUCAGCCAUAGUAAGCGGUAAUUUUGACGGAGCAAUAUUUGUUUGGAACCUGUACGACCCUUGAUGACAAAUUGCCCUUUCAACUGAUCAUCUUUAGACCCAUCAAGUUUCGCCGAUACACCGGUUGCAAUUAUAAACAACAAGAGGAGAUAAAUUUUAAUCAUAUCCUUCAUGGAAUUGGUGAUUUUUUCAUUUAAUCAACUUUAACUUUCCCAUUGCAUGAUUUUAUACUUACAUUUCCGUAACUGUAUCUCAAUUUCAUCAAUCUAUCAAUCCAUUUUGAUGCAUUAUUUUCAUACUAGUCUUCCCUUUCCCUGCAUGUUAACCUAAUCAGUUAUAAUUUUUAAAAUUUUUGAUCGACAAUUGUCAAAUUAUUGUUUAUUCAAUUGAAAAUUAUACAAUUUUCUAAUCAGUAAAUUGUCCAAAGCGUCCAUUUCAUUUAAAAUUUGUCCAAUAUCUUUAAA